UAUGUUUGUUGCGGUACGUCUACUGGAAUCGAUGUUGAAAAAUGCGCUUUUUCUGUGUCUCUGCGUACGCAUCGCAUUUUUUUUUUGGAUAGGUUUGCGUUCGGCACAUCAUGUGGUUCUCACCGGCUCUCCAAAAAGGAAAUUAGUGAACACUUUAUUCUUUGCCUCAUCCUACUUCUUUCUUUUUGUCCGCAAUGUAACAUGCUGUUAUUUUCCCUUCCGCUUUUGCGCGGCAAAAAGAGCAUACUGUACAGCUGUUGUAUAUUUCUUUACAAUAUCACGACAUCAUUGUUGCCUGAAAAUGACUUGCGUCACCGGAGACGAAACCGGCAUUGUCAAAAUAUGGGACAUAUCAAAAAGCAGCGGCGCUACGCUGAAGUUCUCGUUCGGCGAACAGAGUCGCAAGCGCGCGAUAAUGGGAAUGUGCUGGCAGGAUAGCUCAACAUCGUCCAUUGCUUUUUCGUCAAACGAUGGAGUUGUUUCGCUGCUCAAUUUAUCCGAUCGAAUUAUCACCUCCUCUAUCAAAGCGGAUUGCGUUGCUGGAUUACCAAAUGCGAUGUCGUUCGUAAAGGGUAAGUUAGUUAUUCUUUCAAAAGACGGCAAGGUAACGUCGUUCAAUAACGAGCUUUCAGAUGCAAAUACAUUUGACGCCAAUGGACCUCUUGAUGCCGCACAUAUUCACCGCAAAUUUGGGAUGAUUGCCAUGGGAGGACGCGAAAACGACCUUUGCGUGUACGACCUUGCCUCCCAGCAGCUCGAUGUUCCUGUGUUUAAGGCACGCAACGUACGCGACCACAUUUUGGAUGUUCCGUACCCUGUUUUCGUGACAGGAACUUGUGUCAUUAAUCCGUACGUUUUUGCUACUUCUACCGCCUAUCAUCAGGUUCGUUUCUACGAUCGCCGGGCGAACGACAGGCCGGUGCAGGAGUUUGAAAUAAGCCGCGAAAUUGAGCGCCGGCCGACAACGAUGUUGCAAUGGAACGCAAACAAGUUUCUCAUCGGAGAGGCAAGCGGUGAUGUUCAUUUGUACGACACUCGCCGUGGUUUCACCUCUCGCGCCAAGCUUCGUGGCGGCGUGGGAAGCGUACGCUGCAUGGCAAAGCACCCUUCUGGUCAUCAGAUUUUAGGCGUUACGGGGCUGGACAGAAAGGCCCGUCUUUACCACGUUCCGACCGGUAAACUGCUGAUGUCCAUUUAUGUGAAACAGAAAUCCAAUUGCUUGCUUCUAGACAAGCAGAUGCCUCUCACUGAUAAAGUCUCGUCUUAUAGUGGUAUUGUCAAUACGAAGCAACCCGAAAAGGCAAACGCUCUCGGAGACGCUCUUUGGGAUGACAUGGACCCAGUGAUCGACGAACUGGAUGAAAAAGAGGUGGCUGGAAACGAGAUGAAGGAGCCGAAAACAAAAAUGCGCCGAACUGAAUACUAG